CUACAUUCUACCUUAUUCCUCUUUUCCGUCUCCCCCUCCCCUGCAUUCUGUCUCUCGUGCUCGCCGCUCCCAUUGUUGGUUCCGAUAACAGAAACCAACCAUGGGAGAGCCAGAACCACCUGCCAUUUCAGACCCUCCAUCAGCAUUACCACCACUACCCGCGGCAGAAGAGCCCAAAACAUCUACAAAUAAAUCAGACUCUCCUUCAUCACCGAGAGCAUCUACGAAUUCAGACGCUCCAUCAUCACCACGGCCAUCACAACCAGAAGAAGAACCACCGAAACAAUCUACAAAUUCUAACUCUACAGCAUCACCAACACCGUCGCAGAGAUACACAACACCUCGGCUGCCUGUUUCUCUUGUUCAACCUUCGCAGAAAAAGAAAAAACCCGUCAAAGUUGUAAGAAUUCUUCGUGCUCUCUUUAGAUCGUUCCCGGUGUUUACACCCGUUUGCAAGUUUAACGGCUUUCCUGACAGAAACCGUACGACCACCGGAGUUUUAGUAACCGGUACGUUAUAUGGGUUUCGAAGAGGACGAGUAAGUUUAUGCAUACAAGAGAAUCCAAAAUGUAUUCCUACGUUAGUGAUUGAACUUGCCAUGCAAACUAGUGUUUUACAAAAGGAAAUGAGUUUAGGUAUGGUAAGAAUAGCUCUUGAAUGCGAAAAAAGACCUGCCGAUAAAGAAAAACUUAAACUCUUGGAUGAACCAGUUUGGUCUAUGUAUUGUAAUGGUAAAAAGGGUGGAUAUGGUAUGAAAAGAGAUGCUACAGAUGAAGACUUAAACAUCAUGGAGCUUCUCAGGGCGUCGUCGAUGGGAGCUGGUGUUCUUCCUGGGAAUUCAGAAGUUGAAGGUCCGGACGGCGAGUUGGCGUACAUGAGAGCCUAUUUCGAACAUGUUGUUGGAUCAAAAGAUUCAGAGACAUUUUAUCUGAUUAGUCCUGAAGGGAAUCAUGGCCCAGAGCUAAGCAUAUUCUUCGUCAGGGUUUGACAUAUACGUUCAUGUCUUCCCAUGCAUGGCAUAAGAACUACUAUGACCGACGAUCGCCGAUAUCCAAAAUGCACACGUUCAUAUACCGUAUUCCAGAAGUGUUUGAGCUCGUCGGAGACGAUAACGAGCGUCAACCAGACAGACGCAUAUAUAGAGACGACCACCGUAUGCAUGUUGUAUUUGAAAUAUUUGGUGUGGUCAUUUGAGUAAAGUUUGAACAGUAGAAUGUACUAAUAUAUUUCUAGAUGUAUAAAAGAGAAAGAGGGGGUGUGAUUGGGGGCAGGGGAUUUGGCUUCCAAUAUUCAAUUGUGUUCAGAAUUUGCUUACAAAAGAAAAUUGGAGAUUUUUUUUUUUCCUUUUAA